AUGAAAUUUUCAUCAAUAUUAUUUCCAUUAAUAUUAAAUUCGUCAUCUCUUACAUCUUCUAUUAAAUUUAUUCAUGUUGAUGAUGAUAAUUCAAUUUCCUGUGAUUUAAUUUAUAAAGAUAUUUUCUAUCAAGAUAAUAAACCAUUAAUUGAAAUAUUAUAUGAACUUAGUCAAUAUCAAUUAAAUGAACUUACAUUAACAAUUACAAAAGAUCUGAAUGAUGAUCAACUUCCGCCAAAAGUUGAUCUUCGACCUUAUAUGACACCUGUUGAAGAUCAAUCAAAAAUUGGUAGUUGUUCGGCUAAUUCACUUGCGGGAGCUUAUGAAUAUUUGUUAAAAAAAACGAGUGACUCGAACAUGGAUGUCAGUCGUUUAUUUAUCUAUUAUAAUGGACGUGCUAAGAAGGACCCGACAGCUGAAGUAACUGAUAGAGGCUGUUCAAUGACAUAUGCAAUUGAAGCAUUGGAAGAAUUUGGUACUUGUUUCGAAUCACUUUGGCCUUAUGAUAUAUCAUCUGUUAACGUAAAACCCUCUGAUGAGGCGUAUGACCAAGCUAAAGAUCAUCAAAUUACUUCAGCAUUCAAAGUAAAUAUUGAUUUAACUGAAAUGAAAUCAUGCCUUGCACAAGGCUUUCCAUUUGCAUUUGGUUUACGAUUGUAUAAAUCAUUCGAUAAAGCAGCUAAAACUGGUGUUGUACCAAUGCCAAAUGAAGAUGAACAAGGUCGAAGUGAACACGGCAGACAUGCGCUGUUAGCUGUUGGUUAUAGUGAUAAUUCAAGAGCAUUCAUUGUUCGAAAUUCAUGGGGAGAAGAUUGGGGUGAUCAAGGAUAUUGUUAUAUUCCAUAUGAUUAUUUGACAAAUUCGGCUUUGUGUUUUGAUGCAUGGACCGUUCGUCAAGUAGAAAAUGAUGAUAUAGGUAAGGACAAUUGGGAUAAUGAUGACUCUAUUGAUUAUCGAUGGAAAGCAGCAGAAGAUGAUAAUGAUAAUGAUGAUCAACAUGAAAUUCAAGACAUCGAAGAAGAUGAUAGAGAUGAAUAUGAAUACGGUAAUCGUAGAUCAUCAAACAGUAGUUCAGAAUAG